AUGGAUGAUUCCCCCUCUUCUGAUUCUUUGGGUGCCGAGUGCUGGAUUUGUCGCGAUGCGGACUCGACGCCGAAGAAUCCCAUCAUAAGUAGGGUCUGCCAGUGCAUUGGCAGCAUUGGUUCUGUGCACCAGAAUUGUAUUGAUCGCUGGGUUUUCCAGAAUGAACGUAUGGAGUGUCCAAGCUGCGGGGUUCCUUAUUCUAUAGUUUACAUCUGUCCUCAGGUGUUAGCAUAUCCUGAGGGUAUUUUAUCAGAGCUGAAACUAGUGGUCAUGGGGUUCUUUGUUCCAAUCUUGAAAAAGCUGAUCAUCCUUAUUUUGGGGUUCUUGCUAAGGUUUGUUAUGGUGCCGCUUGUUAUAGGUUUCGUCUACUAUGGAGAAGGAGUAUGGAUGAGGCGGCUGUCCAAGAUGAGUUGGACCAAAUUUCUUGAAGUGUAUACAUACGGUAUAAUAAAUAUUUCACUGAUACACUUAACUAUAUUUGGCUUUAAACAUUGGACACAUCACUCUUGCCGUUACCAACAUCGUUUGCGGCAAGCUGAUCUCUCGAUUGAUCACCGUCUGCAUGCUCCGGGCCAUGCUGCCGAGGUAGAUGACAACGAUCCUCAUCCUCAUAGAGACCGCCUUGAGGCAUCCGAUGGAGAUUGGGAGGAUUACGAUUCACAAGACGAAGACACCGAUGACGAGGCAUUCUGUGACCUCUCGAAAACAGGUUUUGUGGCUUCGGCUCAUGAUUGGAUCGAUCUGGUGAAAGGGCUGUUCGGCAUUGAUGAGCGUUUCUUUUUUUCUUUAGCCAAAGAUCUGGGAAUUGCGUGUCCUUUAACGCUUAUCCUACGCGCCCGCCAGGGGUUAGUCAUUGCAUUCACCAUAUUUGUAGCCACGUGGGUUCUGUGGCAAAUAUGGAUUCCGAUCAGGAAGAUACGAAAUCCUCGACGCCGCUAUGAGGAAGUUCUAGAGCGCCUGGAGUAUCUAAGCUCGGCGGAGGUAACGUUUCUAUACGUUACUUACGUUUUUGAGAUGUUACUUUUCUCAUUUAUCCUUCCAAUAAUAGCUGGUGUUGUCGUUCACUAUGGAACUGCACCUUUCCUAGUAAAGAUACCAGAUUCGUUUUCCUCUUUUCUGGAGGGACUGAACAUUUUUAAGGUCGUUGGGUAUUGGAUCAUGGGGACCUUGUGCUCCUUGAUUCUAAUGAAAACCAUGCACAACAUUAUUGUGCCUCUUUUUGCGCAUGGCGUGGAACUCUUUUUUGUUCGUAGUUUAGACUUCCGGUCUUUGGAUACCAGUACUGUGCGACUUAAUCUUAUGUUCGCUCGGGUUUUUGAUGUCAGACUAUCUCACGUCGUUUCUGAUUUCUUGGCAGUCCUUAUUUUCGAGAUCGGGGCGUUGCUCUUUUUCAUUUCCGUGCCGUGUUGGGUUACAUUUGGUAUUCGUGAAGCCCUUUUUGGUGAUUUGUCAAGCGGGCGCCUAACAACACCACUGUCUUUGGGCCUUCCGUCCCGCAGUGAUCAGCUUUUCAGACUCAAGGUUCAUGACGUACAACAGUUCCUUAAGACGAAUAGUGUACUUGACUCGUACAGUAUUCCAACGUAUUCAGAGUUACAAAGCAGGACUAACACACCUGCGCAAACCAUUGUGCUGGAUCAAUUAGCUAAAGAGAUUUCCUCUGACACUCAGUCUAUCUCAACGACUGUGACGCCGUUAUCACUAGAUGACACCAAGCCUCUUUAUAGUUCCACAGCAUUCGCGUUGACUGUUGCAGCUAUGCGCAAUGACAUCCCUAUUUUCAACAGGUUAUUACUCUUAGAGCACCAAGACUGGGGUACAAUCAGCACAACUUGGCUCUUAUUGCGAGUUUUCGCCUCGUCUGGAUAUGUGUGCCGUGCUUGCCUUCUUAGUGUUGGUCUUCAACUAGGCCUCUUUGAGAUGUCAAAUCUGACUUCAUUAUCAUUCCCUUCAACAGUCAGCCCGUUUGAAGGGAGUACGCCUGGGAAUGCAGAUCGAACGCACACAGAUUUACCACAAAAAAAGAGUAAUAUUACGCAUGAUUUCAUUCUCUACAAGGAUUUGCUGGUUGAUCAUAGUCCUACCAUCCUGCAAUGGAAAGCACCAUGGAUGAUCCCUAUUUAUGGGACCUAUGCGGACAAACAAAACAAGAGAGUUUCCAAUUGCCCCUUCGGUAACUGCAGCACAGUGCAUAAAUCUGAAAGGCUCACUCCAGCCGCGGGGCUCAGGCCAGAGGCUGUACAAGGAUUAUUCGGGCAAGUGACCAACUGGGAUGACAACUCUAUAGUCUGCCUGGUGCUGGUAUUGAUUACUUUUCUUUGCAGAAUACCUGGUUUCAGUUCUGCUAGCAGGUUUAUCCUGGAUCUUUUCCUGAAUCAUGGAAGCUUCGUUUUCUUUAUGCAAAGCGUUGGUCUUGUCAGCAUGACACUCAUUGUUUUCACGUGCUUGUUACAGUUCCCCAUUCAAAAAAUGCAGCUCAGGUAUCUCCGACCUUUUGUGUUGUUUUUUGGACGGCAUAUGGGUCUGGAGGCAUUCCUUUUUGACGCGGAUAGGCUGAAACUAGUUGAUCAGUUCCUGAGAGAUAGUCGUCUUGAUUACUUGGAUAUACCAAUAGUGCCACCUGAAGAAAUUCUUAUGCAUCGAGAAUAUGCUCUACCAAAUCAAAAAAUUCCUUCCUAUCAUCGGCUGCGGCUUUUCGUGUUCGCCUUGCUUCUCUUAUUAGUUGGCACAUUACUCUUUUGGCUCCCUUUUAUUCCCAUUUUCUCCCUAAUGCUGUGCGUGCCGUUCCCCACUGUUACAAUGCUGUUGGGAGCAGCUUGUGUCUUUUUCUUUCUCUUUGACCCCUCAGAAUUCUUCGAGUGUGUCUUUUUGGCACAUGGCUUGAUUGUUGUGCUAUUAGGAUUCACUCUAUUUUCUUCUUAUUGGGCCUUAAGCAAAUUGUCCUUGAGGAAACUUGCUAUAGAAACCUUUUUUUACAUCUCUAAGGUUAAACGUCAUGUGAGUGUGUAUGAUCUAGAAAGAGAGAGCUCCGGGGAAGAGGAUCGUAAUCGUCCAAAAAUGCUUUUCAUUGUAUAG